AGCUCCCGGAGAGCCACUGGGCGGGCGGACCGGCCUCGAAAACGACCGCUGGGCGGAGCUACCCCUUCAAAAGCCUGACAGGACGGGCCGGCGCAGCCACAGGAAUCCUGAACUAAGCCAGCAGUUGGAGUUGGCGGCAGCAUGGAGUGCAGUCUGCCUGUUUUCGAUAAGCCCAAGGUUGAACUUCAUGUUCACUUGGAUGGAGCCAUUAAGCCAGAAACUAUUCUACACUUUGGCAAGAAAAGAGGAAUACAUCUCCCUGCGGAUACUGUAGACGGCCUUAUGAAACAAAUUAGUUAUAGUGAACCAGAAUCUCUCACUUAUUUUCUUCAAAAGUUUGAUUUGUACAUGGCAGCUAUUGCAGGUGACCGAGAAGCUAUACAAAGAAUUGCUUAUGAAUUUGUGGAAAUGAAAGCAAAGGAGGGGGUGAUCUAUGUUGAGGUGAGGUACUGCCCUCAUCUUUUUGCCAAUUGUGGAGUAGAUCCUAUCCCAUGGAAGCAGAAAAAGGGAGAUGUUACUCCAGAUGACGUAGUUAGCUCUGUUAAUCAAGGAUUAAAAGAGGGAGAAAAGGUUUUCAACAUCAAAGUCAAGUCUAUUCUCUGCUGCAUGCGCAACAAUCCAAGCUGGUCGCCAGAAAUUGUGGAACUGUGUAAGAAGUAUUGGAAUGAUACCGUGGUUGCUAUAGAUUUAGCUGGAAAUGAAUCAGUUUCUGCAGCCUGUUCAGACCACCGAAAUGCUUAUGAAGAAGCUGAAAGAUGUGGUAUUCAUCGGACUGUUCAUGCCGGAGAGGUUGGAACAUCCCAAGUCAUCAAAGAGGCAGUCAACAUUCUUAAGGCAGAACGAAUUGGCCAUGGCUACCACAUCUUUGAGGAUGAACAGCUUUACAAACAGUUGUUGGAAAAAAAUAUACAUUUUGAGCUCUGUCCUUGGUCCAGUCGUCUCACUGGAGCCUGUAAAACCAGAUUCGAAGAACAUCCUGUAAUAAGAUUUAUGAAGGAUGGUGCAAAUUAUUCCUUGAAUACAGAUGAUCCACUCAUUUUCGGAUCCACAAUUGACACAGACUACAGAAUCGCUCGAGACUACAUGGAAUUUACAGAAGAGGAAUUCAAGAAAUUGAAUAUAAAUGCGGCAAAGUCCUGCUUCUUGGAAGAGAAAGAUAAAAACAAGCUUGUGUACAAGCUACAUGAAGCCUAUGGGAUGGUAAAAAGCAAAGAAUUCUGAAUUCUGUACCAAGCACCAGCUUUUUUCUUGACCAAUGUUAUGCUUGCCCAAAUUCUUUGUUUUGCUUCUUGGAAGACAACAAGCAAACUUCGUAUUACUCUUGUUUAUUCUUAAUAACCACAGAACAAGGCAUGUAUAAAACAGUAUUCUUACGAUGCUAGGUACUGUGAAUUUAAUUUUAUUUUUUUAAAGAUGGAAUGUAAGCUGCUCAGACAUCUAGAGAUUGGAAAUAGAGAUACGUUUAUUGCAAUUAUAUUCAUUUAAGUUCCACCUCAGGUACACCAAAUCUGUAGGCCAUUUAUUAUUUCAAAACUUACCAGUAGGUCAAAUGAACUGUUUAAAUGAAAUGAACUAUUUGCAAGAGCAGACGAAGCCUAUUUCAGAUAUUUUUUAAAUAAUUUUUAAAAAAAUAAUCUGCCUCACUAAUUUGUCUACAAGUGACAUCUUUUGUGCACUCCUACAUUAACAAAAGGAAAAACGAUAAGUAUUUUUUACUAUUGAUUUUUUUAGAAAAUCAUAUUGUGCUCAUCAAUCUCAGAAAAACAAACAUACCUUAUCAUUUAACUUGAUAAUAGACCAAUCUUAUUUCUGUACUUUAUUUUACUUACACUAAAUAGCAGUUCAUGUUUUUUUUUCAUUUCAUUCAUUUCAAUGGUAUCAAAAUCUAAAAGUAGAGUAUUUGAUCCAGAGAAAGUUGUAUAGGAGAAAUUCUUGUAACACUGUUUCAACAUUUGCCUUUUCAAAAACCAGUCUUGCCUAAAAUGUCUUAUGCUGGAGAUGUGCCAUGGGAAAAACAGUAUUUUAAAAAAUAGAAUUUCAUAGAAUUUCUGUUCAUAUAGGGAUUUUAUAGAAAUGCAGAUUUAAAGUUUGUAUUCCCACCUAUUUACUGAGCCAUUUGCCUUGUUUCUUAUCUAUACUAUAUUGUUUAGUUUAACUGGGAAUUAUGUGAUUUAACUAUAGCAUACUGACACUUUUGUUUUUGUUUUUGAUUAUUGAGACUAACAGAUAGGCAACAUUAUCUAAUGGUGCUCAGUUACUUUGUUUUAACUGAAAUAAUACCCCCCAAAAUUAGACUAAACAGCUAGGACCAAACCGGCUAUUUUGCUAGAUUUUGUUCCCUAAGAAAACUAAAAAAACAAAAUGGUUUAACUGUAAGUUUUUCAGUUUAACUAGACUAUGAGGAAAGCUGUAAUCAAAUAUGCAGUUAAUGAUAUUCUGUUUUGAGCAGGAAAAUACAGUAACAAAUGCAAAUCUAAAUCAUAGCACUAUAAAGCCAAGAAUUCUCAUUCCCGAAUAAUAUGCUAGAUGCCUUUAGUAAUUGUAAUUUUUAUUUUGCAUCAGCUAUCUUUGAAGACCCCAUUUAUAUACUCAGGAAACUUAGGUCCAUGUUUUUAUAUUAUAGUGUGAAAGUCUUACACAUUCUAGGUUUAAGCUGGUAUAUUAUAAAAUUAGUCUCUUAGAUUGAUUUAUAUUUUUUGUUGCAAAUAUAAGUUCUAAGGGCUUGGAUCACAAGUAAAUCUUAUGUGCAAAUCACACUGUUACUUGUUUCUGUAUUUCUUGUAAGUAGCAACAA